AGGGUUACAUCAUCACCAAGCGCCAGCUGUUUACGUACAAUGGUGCUUUGCUCGAGUCUCAAGCCCAUUCCCUUUAUAAAUCCAUGCUCAAAUCAUGCUAAAAACUAGAAACUGAAACCACCUAUUGUUCACAGACUUUGAUAAACCGUUAUUGUUGUUGUGGUGGACUUUGAUUAGGUAUCUCCACCUUCUGCCACAGUGUGUUUAGUGUUGCAGUUAGCUUGAGGCUAACUAAUUACCUAACGAACCAGAGCCCUGCUCGGAGGAUGGACAGUGAAAUCCAACGCGAUGGGAGAGUCCUGGAUCUCACUGAUGAUGCCUGGAGGGAAGACAGACUGCCGUAUGAAGAUGUCACUAUCCCUCUGAGUGAAUUGCCUGAGGCUGAGCAGGACAACGGAGGCUCCACAGAGUCUGUGAAAGAACAAGAGAUGAAGUGGACAGACCUCGCCCUGCAGAGCCUGCACGAAAACACACCGAGCACUGGAAGCUGAAAGAGACAGACAUGCACAUGGACACUGGAUUCAGACACAUGUAAUUUACCACCGUUUUAGCAUUUUAUUGUGUCCUUUGAAGCAUUUGGAGCAUGUUCCAACUAAGUAGAAAUGAGGAAAAAAAAUAUUUUUGCAAUGUUAUUGUAGUCUUUAGAAAUAUGAAAAUAAAAUAACAACUUUGUAAUAACAUAAAUGGAAAAUAAUCUCAUCCAAUUGUU